AGCUCCGCACACGGCGGGAGUCAUUCAAACAUAACCCAUUGCUGACCUCUUUGACCUUGACACCAUUUUUACUCAUUCUUUAUACAUACUUUGUGAAAUCAUUUUGAUACCAUGCCGUUUCUGCACUCAGAGACGCAGCCGAAAAUCCUCAUUGCAGGUGCCGGUAUCGGCGGUCUAACAACAGCGUUAGCGCUCCAUUCCGCCGGCUUCAACAACAUUCAGAUCUUUGAAGCGUCAUCGACCCUCACAACACUAGGUGUCGGAAUCAAUGUGCAGCCUUCUGCUGUCUUGAUACUGCGCAAUCUAGGUCUCCUAGAGGCCUUGGAGAAAACAGGCAUCAAAACACAAGAGCUGAACUUUUACAACCGACAUGGAGACUCUAUCCUUAGCGAGCCCAGAGGCCGUAACGCAGGGUACAUGGUCCCGCAGUUCUCGAUUCAUCGCGGAGAAUUUCAGAUGUUACUUCUGAGUGCGGUGAAAGAGCGCCUUGGCGAGGAUGUGCUCUAUCUCAAUCAUGCCUUUACGGCUUUUGAUCAGAACAAUGACAGUAUCACAGCGCAAUUUUCGCGCAGAAGAGACGGAGAACCAGCAGACAUGUCGAGUGUAACUGGCGACGUUUUGAUCGCUGCAGAUGGUAUCAACUCGACAGCUCGAAAGAUACUUUACCCCAAUGAGGGACCACCCCGGUUCUCCGGGCGCAUGCUAUGGCGUGGAUGUAUCGAGCGCGACCAGUACCUAACGGGCGCGAGCAUGGUUUGGGCAGGCCAUGCUGACCAAAAGUUCAUUGCGUAUCCCAUCAGUCAAAGGUCCGCCGACAAGGGCAAGAGUAUGGUCAACUGGAUUGCGGAGCUCAGAAUACGCGCCAAGGACGAUGUGGAUCUGACGCCGCCCAAGACAGAUUGGACCAAAGCCGUGAAAAAAGAUAUCUUCGCAGGACCUUUUGAAUCAUGGAGAUGUGGAGGCCUAGAGAUGAAAGACCUCAUCGACAAUACGGAGAAGGUAUUUGAGUUUCCCAUGUCAGACCGCGAUCCAGUCGAGGCAUGGUCUUUUGGCCGCCUCACACUUCUCGGCGACGCAGCACAUGCCAUGUACCCCAUUGGCUCCAACGGCGCGUCCCAAGCCAUCAUAGACGCCGAGACGCUCGCCAAACACCUUUCCUCCAGCACCUCAAAUAUUCAGGGUGCGCUCAAGGCUUACGAGCUUGAACGACUCCCACCAACAUCUAAGAUUGUCAUGGCGAAUCGCGCCAAUGGUCCAGAUCACGUGCUGCAGUUAGCAGAGGAAAGGGCCCCAGAUGGUUUCAAGAAUGUAUACGAUGUUAUUCCCAAAGAUGAACUUGAGGAAAUUGGCAGAGUAUACAAAAAGGUUGCAGGAUUUGAAAUGGAGAGUGUGAAUGAGAAGGCGAAGGAGACAGAGGGCAUUGAUGUACAGAAGGGCCUGAAGAGCCCGCAAGAAUGGAUAGCAUAGUGGUGCUUCUGGAAAAAAAAUGGGCGGGGUAUAACGACUAACUUGACAUAAUUAUGCACAUGAAUACAAAUAUAGAUUCGGCCUAAAUCGAUAGGGCGAUCAUUUCGCUGCUGCGCAGGCCUGUUGUGAUAUGGGGUUGAAACUAGUAUGAAUUGGUUUAAACAAAAAUACGGGGCAUCGUUCUAAGCACACACUUCCUAUUUACACAACCAGACUUGCAUCAAUCAAACAUGGAAAGAGAUACAGAGUACUGGUAACAAAAAGCGACACGUCAUCGCAUUUCGGUCAUACCAAGGCGCCAACACCCUUGACCAUGGCAGUGCACCAAGGACACCUCCCUCACCGACCUCGCCCAAGAACCAAUCCCACCAGUAUCAUGCGCAUCACCUUCUCAGCACCAUCCUUGACCAAAGCCUCCGUCUGCACAAUUGCUUCAUCCAGCGACAAGGGACCUCUAAGGAU